GGUUUCAGUGCAUUUUUAAUACAGCUUGGAACGGUUCAUAAAGUCUCUUACGUGUAAAGCAAAUAAAGUGUCGAAAUUGAAUAAAAACCAUUUUCAUGUCAAUAAUAAAAUACUAACGGGAAAAUUCGUAACAUUAAAAGUAUUAUUUGCUGCUACUCCACACAAUAAGUGUCAAAUAAAACGAAAGUAUUUGCAAACAAAAGAGAAUUAAAAAUCAAAAUAAAAUGCAGCAAUCAAUCACCUUUGUCGGUCUUCUUCUGUGCAUUUCACUGGCAUCAGCUCAGCUAUCAUAUCAUUUGGAUGCAAACACCAAUUCAUACACAUUACAAACGCCAAAUUCACAGCAAACAUUCACACAACAUUUCAAUACCCGAAGUAAUCCUGGCAGCCAAAGUUCUCAGCUUCAAUCGGCUCAGAGUCAACCAGAACAACAGAUAUAUUCAACAUCUCCUCAACAAUUUGCCAACAAUCAAAAUAAUGGUCAAGAGGAAAUAAACAACUACUUCAGACAACAGUUGGAAUUACAACAGCAACAACAACAACAGCAACAACAGCAACAACAGCGUCAAGCAGAACCAAACAAUGUCUACACUACAUACCAAGUUCCUCAGCAACAACGCCAAUACGAACAAGCGCCACAAGAACAGAACGCGUACUAUCAACAGAUCCAACAAUCUCAAUUACAACAGCAACAACUACAACUACAACAACUUCAACAGCUUCAACAGCAGCAACAGCAGCAACAGCAGCAAUACUCAUCGCCUGCUCAACAACAAUUCGCCUAUCAACAACCAAGUAGCGGAUACGCUGCUGACGAGAACAUUAAUCAGGAUGCGGUCCGAUUUUCACAGUCGCAACAAUCGAAGUACCAACAACAAUUGGAUGCACCUAGCCGCAUUCAAUACUCACCUUCUAAUGAAGUUUCACAUGUCAAAUUUUCUUCCGGAGAUUUAAAUUAUAAUUUCUAAGAAAAGAAAGCCUUCAUUUGAGAAAGCCUUCAUUUUCUGAGUUUAUUUAAUACACAUUCAUUCAUUUAUUAUUUCUUUUUUAAUGUGACACUUAUCACAGGAGCAAAAUAAAUAAACUACUAAUU